CUUGUGUUCGAUACCUUUUCCCCAUUAAUUGGUAUCAGAGCUUUGGCAAGAGCUUGGUGGAUUCCAUGUCUCAAGUAGGGCGACGAAGGGGAGGUUUUCGAAUGGAGGGUCGUGACAUCAACAACGACAUGGCUGAAAUCAAAAGGAUGCUUCAGCAACUUGCGGUACGUCUUGAUCGCAUCGAAACUCGACGACGGGGUCAUAAGAGUUUUGACGGGGAGAGAAACGUUACCACUUAUCAUCAACGUGUCGAUCGCAUCGAAACUCGACGACAAGAUCGUAAGAGUUCCGACGGGGAGAGAAACGUUACCACCUAUAAUCAAUGUGUCAAUCGCAUCGAAGUUUCACACCAAAGCAGUGAGAGUAUUAAGGAGGAACAAUACAUUGAUCUCUCUCAUCGCUGUGCUUCUUUGUGUGAGCCAGACAUACAGGAUGAAGAUAAUUAUGAUUCUGAAGAUUGCGAUGAAAAUUGCUUGGAGAUUGAAGAGGUUGACCUGCCGAUGCAACUGAUUCAUCUCCCAGUGCAACAAAAUAUCGUUAAAGCCAUGCUAGUCCAUCUUGUGGAAACAUCAUCAGCAAUUGUAAGUCAUGAAAUUAAUUCAUGCAUGGGUGAUAUCUUUGAAUUGGAUGAUCAUGUGGGUAAUUCAGAUCCAAAGUCCAAACUAGAUCUGGAUGUCGACAUUAUUUUAGGAUCUCAAGAAAUAGAACAUAGUAUGUGUGGGUCAAUACGUGAGCAUCCUAACAGAAUUGUUGGUGUUGAUCUUAAGAAGUCAUUUGUCUCCAACAAGCUGGUGAAGAGUGUUGAAUCUAAAAGCAAAGAUGCAUCCCUCAAAUUUCAUGAUCCAUUACAAGAAGAUGCAACUCAUCAAUUUAUUGAUUUCAUUGGGGUUAGUAUUUUCUACUUACAGAUUCCGAAGAUAUUAAUUGAUAUUGUCAAUCAUAUCAAGAAAGGUGAGACAAAUUUUGGGUUGGCAAAAUUUAUUAUUAUGAGCAGAUUUCUCAAGUCAAGAUUAGGAAGGUAUUCAAAGUAUUUAUUUAUUUGGAAUGGAAGGAAUCAAUUGCAAGCUAAUUUGUCAAAAGAAGAUUUGAAGCAAUGGAAGAUUUUGUUGAAUUUUCUUCAAUCAAUGGCUCAAAUUCGAGGACGAAUUCUUUCCAACCAGGGAAGCCUGAUGCGGGUGCAUAUGGGGCAACAUCAAAUGUAUUAUUUUGUUGUUCUAUUAUAGAUUUGUAAUAUUUGAUAUUUCAUUGUUUAGAUAUUUUUAGGGUAUCUUUUUACAUUUAAUUUAGGUUUUACAUUUAAUUAGCUUUCCAUUUUAGCUUAAGUCUACUUAUUCUCCAAGUAUUGUAAACCCUAUAAAUAUGGGUAAUGUAAUCGUUGUUAGAUAGGUUAUAGUUUAUGAAUAAAAUCAGUUUAUUUGUGGCCUGGAUUUGCCCUAUUUUAUGAGUUUGCUACUCCUUAUUUCUUGUGUCUGUUGAGUGAUUGUUGGAGGCUUGUGUUCGAUACCUUUUCCCCAUUAGAGAGAUAAUCUGGAAAGAGGAUUGUGGCCGUCUCUUUUCACAAUCUGAUUAACAAACAUCCAGGUUCUGAUUGGAUGCCUCUAUGUCAAUGGAAUUGCACAGAAGGAAGAUUUUAUCACAGAACCACCCACAUAUGUAUUAGAUUCAACUGAGGACGGUACCAUGUCUUUUACUAAUUUCUCUAACCAUUUACUGCACCAUCCAUAGCAUUUUCCAGCGUACUGUUUAUUAACAGGAUAAUGUGAAGCAACUGAUUUGACACACCAUGGAUUGAGAAGUUAACUCAUAAUAGGAUGGAAACUGAUAUUGCUAAGGUUACUAUUGCCGCAAGUAGUGCUUCAAAGGAGAAGACAUAAGCACGAUUCUGAUCCAGCAAAAAUAGUUACUUUUUGUGGAAAUACCCCAAAUGCUACGUCCCGAACCUAAAUUUACUGGUUUACUAGUCAUUUGAA